AUGUCUGGAGAAAACCUGCUGCCCCUUCAGAUUCCAGAGAAAGAGCACUCCUUUCUGCAAAUGCCAUUGGUUCCUAGAAGCCACUUGCAAAGCAUGGAUGAUCGCAUGUCCAACCAGGAAAGAACCACAGCAACACUCUUGGAGCAAGCUUUUCGGAUAAAAGAGGACAUCAUUACUUAUCUGAGGGGAAACCAUGGCAACGACACACCGGAGAGAAUAUCCCACCAGCUGCUGGGAAGCCACAUACAAAUUAUAACCAGUAUCCUCAAACAACUCAGCACAGAUAUUGAGAUUCUGGAAGAGCAGAUUAGAACAAGAGACGGUGUGACUGUCGGCACUGGCUAUGCAGUUCUGAGCAUGGAUCAGAAGCAUUUGGCGGGUAUUGGGGACCUACGUGGAAGAGUUGCCAGAUGUGAUGCCAGUAUCUGCAAGCUUGCUGCUGAUGUUAAUGUAAAUAGCACUGAGAUACAGAAAGCAAAGACAGAAACUCGAGAUGCCAAGUCUUCUCUCGAAUUGCAAAUGAAAGAAUUGGAAGCAAAGGUGAUGCAACUACUGAUGAAAAUUGACAACUCAAAGCACGAGCAAAAUACAAAAGUCAGGACAGCAAGAGCAGACCAACAACAUCAACUUCAGCUCCUAGAUCUCAAGAUUAAUUCUGUCCUGAGUGAACUACAUGCACGAGUACAACACCAGCAAGAGUGGGCAGAGCAGAAAUUGGAGAAAAACAAGGAUGAACAGGGACAAAGUGCCAACCGCUUAUUACACUUGAUACAAGAGAAAACAGAAUUUGUAGAGAAGAAAAUACUCGAGAAACUUAAUCACAUCUCAGUGAGACUAGAAAAAUUAGAAGACAGGCAAAGUUUGGAUACUGAACUCAACAGGAAGAAAUACUCUGACACAAAGAUUAAUGAAAAACUUGCCAAAGUGGAGAAGAAUAUCUGGCUGGAAAUAGAAAGCAUAAAGAGUGAUUAUCGGGAAGGAUUUCAAUCCAUUAAGGAAUCAAUCAAUUCAUUGAAUAAAAUCAGUGACAGGAAGAUAAAACUGGACAAAGAAAAGGUUCAGAAAGACUUAAAACAAAUCCGACGGCAGAUAAUUGAUCUUAAACGCUAUCCAUAAAACUCUGUA